CUGGGCUAUAAGAGACACCGGGGUGGCACUGGCCCCAUACCCGCCCCAGGGGACCUCGCUGUCGUGACAAGAUGAGCAAGGCCCAGCAGAGCCAAGAGCCGCUGUCGGAGCUGGAGAAGGCCAUGGACGUCAUCAUCGACGUCUUCCACCAGUACUCGCGCCGCGAGGGCGACAGGGACACCCUGACCAAGAAGGAGCUCAAGAUGAUGAUUGACAAGCAGCUGGCAAAUUACCUGAAGCACGUGAAGAACAAGGCCACCAUCGACCAGAUCAUGAAGGACCUGGACGUCAACAAGGAUGCCCAGAUCAACUUUGGGGAGAUGAUGCUGCUGGUCACCCGUGUCACCUGCGCCACCCACGAGCACCUGCACGAGGUGGAGGACCACCAGCACCACCACCAGCACCAGCAUCACCACUGAGGCAGCCCCUGCGAGCAAUCCUGGAGCUUGGAGAAGGCUCCAGAGCUGAAUUCAGCCUUCAAGCCCUCCCUCCCUCCUCCUCUUCCUCCUGGUGCCACGGUUUUG